UAAAAAUAUUAAUGCAUUUUUAGGCUAGCGGGGAAUGGGGUUUAAGCCGGCGGUGACGAGGAGAGGGUUGAGAGCUGGUCUUGGGUUUGUUGGUGCGGCACUAGAAAAUCUGGUUGCUGGUACAGUCUGAAACCGAAAAGCUCUGCAGAUUUCUUUCAGCAACUCUGAGAGUGGAUGUAAAAGCAAAACAAAGAAAGAGAUGGCAGAAGAUAUUAGAAAUGCUAAGAUGAUGCCUCUGCGUAUAUUUGUUGGUGGGUUGGGCGAGAGUAUAGUGGAAAAUGAAGUAUCUAGGAUCUUUGAGUCUGUGGGUGGAGUUGUGGAAGGAGUAGAGUUGGUCAGGACCAAAGGUCGCAGCUUUGCCUACGUCGACUUCUUGCCUUCCUCCGACAAGUCCCUAUCCAAGCUGUUCGGAACGUAUAAUGGAUGUGUUUGGAAGGGAGGAAGGCUGAGGCUUGAGAAGGCUAAAGAGCAUUAUCUCCUUCGCUUGAGAAGAGAAUGGGCUGAAGAUAGUGCUCAGGUUGCAACAGUGGAUACUUCAGAAUUGCCCAAGAAUUUAAACCCUUCAGAAAAAAAGCAGCUUCAGAUUUUUUUUCCCAGAUUAAGAAAGGUGAAAUCAAUACCUUUCAGUGGAACUGGCAAGCAUAAAUACAGUUUCCAGCGAGUUGAAGUUCCUUCUUUACCAACACAUUUCUGUGAUUGUGAAGAGCAUUCUUAUCCUUCUCAGACUGAGAUUAAGAAAAGAAGCCGUGGUUUGGAAGAACAAAGUGGUGGAAUGACUCGAGAAGAGCUUAAUAUAAUGAACGCAGUUAUGGAAAGGCUCUUUGAAAAGCAAAAUAGUUCUGUUCUCACGCACAACAAGACUGCAUCGUGCAAUAACAAGGGCAAUUCCCUCAAAUCAAUUGAUGAGCAGCAUUUUGAUGAGGAUGAAGCUGAUGAAGAUAACCUCAUAAUCAAUGUUGUGAGAAAGGGAAACGAGAGAGAGGCUUUGUUGGGCAGCUGGGAAGAACCAAAGGUCUCAGAAAAUAAGACCUGGGCAACAGGUACAAAAAAAGGAUCACUAGAGGAUGUGUCUGGGUUGAAGAAACAGAAUAAUAAUCAGCUUCCAAACAAAAAGCGGAAAACACUCCUUAAUGAUGAAAGCAGUGGAAAUCCAUAUAAUAUCUCUGGAGGCAAGAAAAAUUUACUUACCCACUCAAAUAACUCAGGAAUAGUCAUGGCAGCUCAAACUGCUGAUCCAGAAUCAGCCAUCCAACUAUCAACCGAUCAUGUUUCGUGGUCUCAGAAAUCUUCAUGGAAAGAACUUGUGGGUGACAGGGGGACCAAUGCAUUCAGCAUCUCCCGUCUUGUGCCAGGCCUUGCUGCUACUGUGGAAGGCCAACAAAGAUCUGAUGCUCCAAAUGUUCCCAACUCUAAUAGCAAAAACCAGAAGUUGGUAGGUGAAGAAGACUUGAACUCUGAUAGAGAAAACCAGAAUUUGCAAAGCAAUGAAGAAUUGAACUCCAAUAGCAAAAGCCAGAAUGUCGAAAGCGAUGAAGAAUUGAACUCCGAUAGCAAAAUCCAGAAUUUGGAAAGCGAUAAAGAAUUGAACUCCAGUAGCGAAAGCCAGAAUUUGGAAAGUGAUGAAGAAUUGAACUCCAAUAGCGAAAAUCAGAAUUUGGAAAGCGAUGAAGAAUUGAACUCUGAUGGUGGAAACCAGAAUUUGGAAAGCGCUGAAAAAUUGAACUCUGAUACUGAAAACCAGAAUUCAGAAAGCGAUGAAGAAUUGAACUCCAAUAUGGAAAGUGAUGAAGAGUUGAACUGCAAUAGCAAAAAUCAGAAUUUGGAAAGCGAUGAAGAGUUGUGCUCUGAUAGCGAAAACCAGAAUUUGGAAAGCGACAAAGAGUUGAAUGCUGGUGGUGAAAACCAGAAUUCAGAAAGCGAUGAAGAAUUGAACUCUAAUACAAAAAACCAGAAUUCAGAAAGUGAUAAGGAAUUGAACACUGAUACGAAAAUCCAGAAUAUGGAAAUUAAUGAAGAAUUGGAAGGCAAAUUGGAAGGUGGGGAUGGGCUCAGAGAAGCUCAACCUACUGAGCCAAAUGUGGUCUCGACUCAGUCAGGUAGAGGUACUGCAUGGCGCAAGAAAUCCUCUUGGACACAAUUGGUUAAUAAUACUAACAGUUCGUUCUCCAUCACAGAACUUUUGCCUGGUAUUAAUUUUGAGCAGCAAACUCAAGUAGAGCCCAAAGGUAUGGAAAUUGCAAGCUCCACCAAUGGCAAGCCUAACAAGAGAGUAAAGCAAGACAGCAAUUCUGUUAAAAAUGGCUCUACUGCUUUGAGAAUUGGAAAGGAGGUAGAUGUUUCAGUGAUUGCACCACAAGAGGAUCAAAGGACUGUUGUGGCCAAGAAUGAGCCUUCUGGUUCAGUGUCACAGGAAAAAUGCAGUUCAGCAAAGCAAACAUCUGCCAGGAGUGUUGAAAUAGGAGAAACUUGCUCAUUUAUGAGAAAUGCUUCUUCAUUGAAACAAUGGGCAAAAACCAAGGCUGCUCUAAAUGGUUCAUUAAAAAGAAAAAGGAAAGAGAAGUAAUUGUUUUGAGCACUCUAUAGGUAAUUUGGAAGUGCUUUUCAGUGUUUAUUGACCACCUUUGGCAUGAGUCAUUUCAAGAAAAGUAAUAUGUUAUCUCACUGAAAUCAUAGGGAUAUAUUGUUUUUUGAAGUCUUUCUUGUUUGAAUAAAUAUUGCAUGUACUUUUCCUUCCCUGUUCCAGCAUAGCAGCUAUUUUUGGCUCACACCAUUGGAAAAGAUUAGUCAUUCAGUAGCUGGAUUUGUCAUGUAUUUCAAGGAUGGUAAAGGAAGCUAAAAUCCUCAUCGAGCUUUUUCCGGUAGCAGACUGAUGAAGAUUUGAAGGUAUACUUUAGUUGGUCUCUUGAAUUUGGUGUUGCAUGAAAUUUGUGCUGCUGAGCUGCAGCAAGUUGGCAACCAUUGUAAUCCCUGUGGCAAUGAAGAAAACUGAUAUAAAAACAGAAUUGAACUACAUCCUUUCAAAGAUGACAUGUAUUCCAAUUUUGUUAUGUGGUUAUCUUAGAAUAAGCUUUGUUAA